AUGAAUAAUCAUUCUAACUUGGAAAAUGGGAAAAGAUGGAAUGGAAAAGAAAUCGAAACAGAAGAAAAUCAAAAAUCAAAAGCUUUAAAAGAAAUCAAAUUGAUCAAUCAACUCGAUUCAAUCAAACUCAAUCCACAAAAAGUUUUGAAAUCUUCUACCACUGCUAUUCCUUCACAAGAUAAUCGUGGUAAAUUCAUUGUCAGGAAUUCUACGACUGGGUUACUUGAAGUUGAAGGAACUGGUGAGAUCGUUAGAUUUGCUAGUCUUUGUGCUCCAGAUUUGUUCGAUAAUGACGGCUUCGAGAAAGAGGAUACGUUGCGUACGAUCUCAGGAUUUGGGAAAAUCCCAGUGACUAGAACUUAUACUCUCAAGAUCACUUCUAAGAAUGUCACUCGUGGUCAUAUCAAUGGUUGGGAUCCCAUAAAGGCAGACUUUUUGUAUGACGAUGAAAUGUUUAAAUCCAUUGAUCAAACUAUAGCUUUAGCUUCACGUAAUAAUGUUAGGUUGAUUAUUCCAAUUAUUAAUCAAGACUUUGGAUCAGAAGAAACCAAUUGGGUUGGAAACUUUACUGAUUUGAUCAGACUUAGAAGAUCUUUGAAAACUUGGCAAGAAGCUAAAAUGAUAGAUUGGUGGUCUGAUCCAGAAUCGAUAGACUCUACCAGAGAUCCUCAUUGUUUUCUUGUAUCAAUCGAUCGAAAGAGAGUGAAUACUUACACCGGAAUUCGAAUUGGGGAUGAUCCCACAAUCUUGGCAUUCGAGACAGGAAAUGAAAUGAAUUCUGGAGGAUAUAAACCGGCUCCAGCAGCCUGGACACUAGAAAUAGCAGCCCAUAUCAAACGUCUAGCACCCAAGACUUUGAUUAUGGAUGGCUCUUUCGCUAGAUGUGAUUCGGUAGAAGCUAGUCAUGAGCGAGAAGUCUUACAGAGCAAUUUAGUCGAUAUUAUCAGUUGGCAUUAUUAUGGUUAUGGUGAAACAGAUAGACUCCAAUAUGAUGUUGAAAUAGCAAGAAAAAAUGGAAAAGUCUUUAUGUGUGGAGAGUAUGGUUUUUUUGCAAAUGCAUCAGAAGUCGAAAAGUUCUUGAAUAAAUGUGCCACUUAUGGGGUAUCUGGCACCUUGAUUUGGUCUUUAAGAGCACAUUCAUCCAAAGGUGGCUUCAAAACCCAUGGUGAAGGUAAAGGAAUAUGGUCUUAUCAUGCUCCAGGUUGGUUGCCCUACAUCGAUGAAUUUGGUAGCGAACCUGAAUGGGAUUACCGAGAAAAAGAUGUGAUCAGCGUAAUUAGGAAAGCUGCGUUUGAUUUGACGAGUGAUAUGAUUAUCACUCCUAAUCUGUCGGCUCCUUAUCUUUUCUUUGUUGAUGGAGGUAAGAGAUUUACUUGGAGAGGAUCAGCUUGGGCUGAUACUUAUGAAAUAUGGGGUCGUUGCCGGAGAGCAGGCUUGGUCUUGUUAUCAGAUUGGAUUAACCGAGUUGAGUAUUUUUACUUGGGUGUAAAUAACAUGAAAGAAGGAAGAUUAAAGUACUCGUGCCAAAGUAUCUAUGAUCAAGUUGGUGGAUACGGGGAAUUGGUUUAUAUCAAGAUGAGAGCUGUUUCAACUGAUGAUGAUCGUGGACCAUUUUCUAAUUUGUUGGGCUUAAAGUUUUGA